AUGGUCGCGGUGGUCAAGGCAACAGUCAUGAAGGAUACUAUAAGGAGAAGGGACAGUCGAGCCAAGCAAAUUUGCGUGAAAGAGAACGCAGUCGAGGAAGAGGUGGCUGAUCAAUUUAUUCCAACAUUCAGUGCUACAAAUGAGAAGGAAGAGAAUAGAAAGAAAAUUUUUGAGCUUGUGAAGAAGAUUGAAGAAGAUGUGGAGAAAGAGAAUGACUUAUUAAUGGAGAUUGAUGGUUUAGUGGAAGAGCUAGUGAGGGAGGAGAAAGAUGUAGAGAUACUAACUCAAGAGAGAGACUCACUUGACGUGAAUCUGAAUCAGGUUCAACAGGAGGCAGUGAGUUUACGACACACGAUUGAGAUAAUCACUCGUGAUAAAGCUGAAAUGGAGGAGGCAAAAGUAGAAGUGGAAAAUGUCGUUGUGGGCCUGCGAAGGGAAUUGAGUAAACUGAAAGAAGCUAUGAUGUCUUUGACUGAGUUGAGCAUGGCUGAGAACGGGAGAAAUGAGGAGUUGCUGUCUCAAAUGGGCUAUUUUCGAGAAGCUCCAAAUGAAGUCUCGUCAGAAAAGGAUAAGCUUAGUUUGCUGCUCGAGGACAAGGAGAGAAAAUUGAAGAAGCCACGAAUGAGCUCGAGAAAACGAAAACGGCACAGGUGGAGUCAUUGA